AUGUAUCUUCUCCAACAACAACAACAAUUUUUUAUUAUUUUUAUUAUUAUUAUUCAAACAACAUCUGCAUUUUGGUGGUCUCUUGGUUUACCUUCAUUUCAAUUAUGGUCAUCAACUCAAAAGAAUCAAGAACCAUUUUGUACUUCAUUAACAUUUUUAACUCCUGACCAACGUUAUUAUUGUCAAGUAAAUCCAAAAAUAUUUUCAAUUAUAAGUCGUUCAUUACGUCAAGCUAUUGAAGAAUGUCAAUAUCAAUUUCGUAAUCAACGUUGGAAUUGUUCAAUAUUUAAUCAAUCAGAUGUUUUUGGAAAACUUGUUUUAAGAAAAACACCAGAAACAGCUUUUAUCUAUGCACUUACAUCGGCUUCAGUUAUGCAUAGUAUUGCAAAAGCUUGUGCAAAAGGUGAAUUAACUGAAUGUGGUUGUGAUAAAAGUCAACCAUCAUUCUUAUCAUCAUCAUCAUCAUCAUUAUCAUUAUCAUCAAUACGUACACGAGCUAUGUUAAAAUAUCCAAUUAGUUCAACACCAUCAAUGAGUAUUUCAUUAUUUUCAUCAACACCUAUAUCACAAACAAAUGAUGGAUUUGAAUGGGGUGGUUGUUCAGAUGAUUUAAAAUUUGGUCGAAAUGUUAGUGUAUCAUUUAUUGAUGAACAAGAAUCAUUCGUUAGUCGACGUCGUAUUGUACGCAUGGUUAAUUUACAUAAUAAUGAAGCCGGUAGACAAGCUGUUGAACGAAAUGUUCAAUUAACAUGUAAAUGUCAUGGUGUUAGUGGUUCAUGUACAUUACGUGUUUGUUGGCGUACAUUACCCGAUUUUCGUCUUAUUGGUUCAGAAUUACGUACUAAAUAUGCAAGUGCAACACAAGUACGACUUAAUCGUCGUUUCGGUUUACUUAAACCACGUAAAACUUUAAUGAAAUUAUUCAAUACAACAGAUCUUAUUUAUAUUCAUAAUUCACCAUCAUUUUGUGAGAAAAACCUUCGUCUUGGUUCAUUAGGUACACAAGGACGUGAAUGUAAUUUAACAAUAAAUGAACCUGGUUCUUGUUCAGUAUUAUGUUGUGACAGAGGUUAUGAAACAAUAAUAAGUACAAUUGAAGAAGAUUGUGAAUGUCAAUUUCAUUGGUGUUGCGAAGUACGAUGUAAACGUUGCAUUAAAAGAGUUGAAAAACAUUUUUGUAAAUGA